AUGGAGAAACAUUUACACAUUAUGGGACAUAUGCAACUAAGACUAAACAGAGACGUACAGCGUAAUGCUUUGGUGAUGGAACAGCAGUUCGACAGAUUUUAUGAAUUACUAGAUCAUCAAACAAAAGAAAGAACAACCAACAGAAAUGGUGCUCAAGCUAUGGAUCCCACAAUUCAAGCCAAUAACCAAGACGUUAUUAUUCUUGGUGGUCGUUAUACAAGUGGAGUGACCUUGAACACUGUUGAAAAAUAUAAUGUUGUUGAGAAGAGGUCGACCUUGUUACCACGAUUGAAUCACCCUCGCGAAAGAUCAGCGUCGUGUGUUUACAACAAUGACGUUCUUCUCGUUGGUGGUUACUGUAAACAUGCACUUGACACGAUCGAAGUUUUGAAAAUGGACCAACAUCCUUUGCGAUGGACAAAUUUUGAUUCUAAACUGCCUGUCCAUUUACUUUGUCACGACGUCAUAGUUUAUGAAGGGAAAUUAUAUGUAAUAGGAGGAGUAGACUGGAAUGAAGAGGAAACAUUGAAUGCCAUUUAUGAGAUUGCUCUUACCCCACCUUAUACUACCAAGUUGUUGACGAGAAUGCCUGAGCCAAGACAAUAUCACAGAGCAGAACUUGUUAAUGGAAAACUAUUUAUCUUGGGCGGAACAACAACUGGCCAAAAUGAAGAUGCUCUUGGCAGCGUUAUUGUUUAUGAUUUGGUUAAGAAUGAGCUCAAGCCAUGUCCAUCUUUACCCCAGCCUGUUAAUGAAAUGUCCACAGUCACUUGGGGUGAUAAGAUCAUUGUUCUGGGCGGCGAGGACAAGAAUGGUGAAUCAUUAAAUGACGUCAUCAUGUAUGACACUGAGACGGGGCAAAUUGAGCCACUGCCCUCCAUGAUUCACAAAAGGAGCGCCUCCUCAGCUGUCAUACUGAAUGACGUCAUUGUCGUGUUUGGUGGAUUCAAUGAGGAGCAGAGAUAUCUCAACUCAGUGGAAACCUUCACCAUCGGUGGAGAUGGCUGGGAAGAACUGCCAGGAAUGAUAGAAAGAAGGUGUUAUGCUACUGCUGUUGUGAAACCUCACAACUGA